UCUGUGCACAGAAGUUAUAUACAUAUAUGGGUAUCUCUAUGUAACAAAUCGCAGCCCAGGAGCCCCCUGGGCUCCCUCAGGCUCUGGUAUGACAUCUUUGAGCCGUAUAAAUUCAGCUUCUCCUCUGGCAUCUGUUAGCCGAGUCACUUGCAACUCCACCUCAGCAGUGGUCUCUCAGUCCUCUCAAAGCAGGGAAGGAGUACUGUGUGCUGAGAGACCAUGGCAAAGAAUCCUCCAGAGAACUGUGAGGACUGUCACAUUCUAAACGCAGAAGUUUUUAAAUCCAAGAAGAUAUGUAAAUCCCUUAAAAUUUGUGGAUUGGUGUUCGGUAUCCUCGCCCUAACUCUAAUUGUCCUGUUUUGGGGGGGCAAGCACUUCUGGCCCGAGACUCCCAAAAAAACAUAUGACAUGGAGCACACUUUCUACAGCAACGGAGAGAAGAAGAAGAUUUACAUGGAAAUUGAUCCCGUGACCAGAACCGAAAUAUUCAGAAGCGGAAAUGGCACUGAUGAAACAUUGGAAGUACAUGACUUUAAAAAUGGAUACACUGGCAUCUACUUUGUAGGUCUUCAAAAAUGCUUCAUCAAAACUCAGAUUAAAGUGAUUCCUGAAUUUUCUGAACCAGAGGAAGAAAUAGAUGAGAAUGAAGAAAUUACCACAACUUUCUUUGAACAGUCAGUGAUUUGGGUCCCAGCAGAAAAGCCUAUUGAAAACCGAGACUUUCUUAAAAAUUCCAAAAUUCUGGAGAUUUGUGAUAAUGUGACCAUGUAUUGGAUCAAUCCCACUCUAAUAGCAGUUUCAGAGUUACAAGACUUUGAGGAGGAUGGUGAAGACCUCCAUUUUCCUACCAAUGAAAAAAAAGGCAUUGAACAAAAUGAGCAGUGGGUGGUCCCUCAAGUGAAGGCGGAGAAGACCCGUCACGCCAGACAAGCAAGUGAGGAAGACCUCCCGAUCAAUGACUAUACCGAAAAUGGCAUAGAAUUCGACCCCAUGCUGGAUGAGAGAGGUUAUUGUUGUAUUUACUGCCGUCGAGGCAACCGCUACUGCCGCCGCGUCUGUGAACCUUUACUAGGUUACUACCCGUAUCCAUACUGCUACCAGGGAGGGCGGGUUAUCUGUCGUGUCAUCAUGCCUUGCAACUGGUGGGUGGCUCGCAUGCUGGGGCGGGUUUAACAGCAAGUUUGAGCUCGAGUGCUUAAACUUCUGGCAGCCAACAUAUAAUAAAUGCAUGCUAUUCAAUGAAUUUCUGCCUAUGAGGCAUUUGGCUCCUCGUAGCCAGUACUCCAGAAUUACUUGUAGGUAAUUCUUCUCUUCAUGUUCUAAUAAACUUCUACAUCAUCAUCAA